GUCCUGUUCCAUUCUCAUUUUUUAUUAGGAGAGUUCAUCAUGACAAGGUCAACACCCAACCCAUAAUAAGUGAAGAAAAUGACAGUAGCACAAUUGCAGUCAAUCAAGGGAAUCAUAAUGGAAUUGGAAAACAAACAAAAGAACUCAACUUUUUAGCUCUCUUAUUGAAUGAGAAUCUAACGAGAUAAGGAACUACCUUGGAAGAACCAUUGAGAUGGAGUAGUAGAUUACUGAUUACAACAAUUGAGAAAGUACUGAAAUUUUGUCUCUGCUUUCAUCUUCAGCAGAUCCGUACUCAGCCAAACAGGUAUCUCAACUUGGAAUCAUGCUUCUCAAGUGUAUAAGCUUUCCUCUUCCAAAGAAGAAAAACUCAUCCAAGAAGCACUCUUCAACGGUUAUAGAAUCGUUAUGCCAUCAAUUUUCCCUGGAAGAUCUUAAAAGAUCAACCAACAACUUCAACCAGAAAUUAAUAGUUGGAAAAGGAGGUUUUAGCACUGUAUACAAAGGAUGUCUCAAACACAAUGGUGGAUCAGACCAUACAAUUGCAUUAAAGCUCAAGUGUUGCAACUCCAACCAGCAUUUCCUCGAGUUCAUGAAGGAAAUUGAGUUGCUAUGCCAGCUUCAUCAUCCUAAUUUGAUCUCUCUUGUAGGAUUUUGCAACCAUGAAAAGAAAAAGAUUAUUGUGUAUGAGUUCAUGUGCAAUGGCUCUCUUCAUGAUCACCUAUACAAUAGGGACAAGAAACCACUAUCAUGGCAGACAAGGCUAGAGAUAUGUAUAGGAGUGGCGCGUGGACUACACUACCUUCACGCUGGAGCCAAGCGCUCUAUCUUUCAUUGUGACAUAAAACCUAGUAACAUUCUUUUGGAUAGCAAUAUGGUGUCUAAGCUCUCAGACUUUGGGCUUUCAUUGCAGGGACCACUAUCUACUUCCAAGCCAAAACCAAUUGAAGUAGAUUAUGUUGCAGGUACAUUUGGAUACUUAGCUCCUGAGUGUUUCCAACGCCUGACCGUUACAGAUAAAUGUGACGUUUACUCCUUUGGUAUGGUUCUACUUGUGAUGGUAUGCAUGAAGGAGAAGGAUUUGUUUCUUAACAAGGCCAACAUGUUAGGUAACCAACAUUUGGAGGGGAAGAGUGAAAUCAAAUACUUUGAAAAGUUCAUUGAUGAUCAAGUUCAACCAUGGAAUGUAAUAGCCUUUAUGCAGCGAUUCCCAAUCGAAGAGAUCAUUGAUCCAACACUCGGGGGAAAGAUUGCACCAGAGUGCUGGGAAGUAUUCAUGGAUGUUACAAAAAGAUGUUUGAUGCAUGAACCUGAUGAACGACCAACAAUGGGUGAAGUAGAGGUGUUGCUUGAGUAUGCUUUGUUAUUGCAGGCACAAGCAGAUAUCAAAAAGAACAAUGGUUGUUAUUCUUUAUCAUCCACCACCCUUAUAAACUUAGGUGAAGUCAUUUGUAUGCAUGAUAUUCAUUUAGAAGAGCUGAUAUUCCAUCAGUUUUUGCUUGCCGAUCUUAGGCGAACAACCUUCGACUUUGAACGCAGAGUCAUCGGUAGAGGAAGCUUUGGUACAGUAUACAGAGGUCGUAUCUUAAUAAAUGGAGCUACUUAUCAUUCAAUUGCAAUUAAGAAGUUGGAUUGGUUAUCUAUAUGUGAUAGUGAUAUACAGUGGAAUUUAAAAGAUAUUGAGAAUAUUUCCCAACUUCGCCAUCCUAAUUUGGUCUCUCUUUUUGGAUUCUGUGAUGAACUUGAUGAGAAGAUUCUUGUAUACAUGUAUAUUCCCAAUGGAUCUCUCCAUUAUCACUUAAAUUGGAAUGAAGAAGCUCUAACAUGGAAGAAAAGACUAGAAAUAUGCAUUGGAGUAGCAGAAGGAUUGAACUACCUUCACACAGCAUCUAUUUUUCACCAUAACAUAAAACUCAGCAACAUCCUUUUGGAUUAUGAUUUGGUGCCCAAACUCUCAGAUUUUGGGCUCCCCUGGUCCAAGAAAAUUCAUGCAGAAGAUUAUGCUGCUCCGGAGUUGUUACAAGGACAUGAUUUCACAGAUAAAUGUGAUGUUUAUUCCUUUGGUAUAAUUCUCUUAAAAAUGGUACUAACAAACAAGCUACCAAUUGUUGAAGGGGUUAUUUAUCUCAAUCUAAAGGGAAAGAUUGCACCACAGUGUUGGGAAGUAUUCUUGAAUGUCAUAAAAUGCUGUUUGAAGUAUGAAGCAAAUGAGAGACCAACAAUGAAUGAAGUGAUAGCUCAACUUCAACAUGCCCUGGCACUGCAAGAGGAGGCAGAUUCCAACGCAAGUGGUGAUUACAACUUGUUAUCUGUGACCUUUGAUCCUCCGGUUGGAGGAAGCAUAUAUUAUUAAGAACAUUGCAAGUGUGAGAAGGGACUGAGAAUUGAAAAAGUAAAUUUUAAAAGCUAAAUAGUAUAUGAUAAUAUGAAUAAUGUGAACCGCU